CCACCAAAGCUUCCUGAGAAGGGACGGCGGCCAUUUUGUGCGGUGCUGGGUCGCUGCUGAGAGCGGCGGGAGGGAGGCAGGCGAGCGCCGGGCCGGCGGGCAGCAGGGCGAGGCGGGGUCCGCAUUGCCGCUGAGAGGCGAUGGCGGAUAUAGACAAGCUCAAUAUCGACAGCAUCAUCCAACGGCUGCUGGAGGUGAGGGGUUCAAAACCAGGUAAAAACGUCCAACUUCAAGAGAAUGAAAUUAGAGGACUGUGCUUGAAAUCCAGAGAAAUAUUUCUCAGUCAGCCUAUUCUACUAGAACUUGAAGCCCCACUUAAAAUAUGUGGUGACAUCCAUGGACAAUACUAUGACUUACUUCGACUCUUUGAAUAUGGAGGUUUUCCACCAGAAAGCAACUAUCUAUUUCUUGGUGACUAUGUUGAUAGAGGAAAACAGUCUUUAGAAACAAUUUGUCUCUUAUUGGCCUACAAAAUCAAAUAUCCUGAGAAUUUUUUCCUUCUUAGAGGGAACCAUGAAUGUGCCAGCAUUAAUAGAAUUUAUGGAUUUUAUGAUGAAUGUAAAAGAAGAUACAACAUUAAGCUGUGGAAAACUUUUACAGACUGUUUUAACUGUUUACCAAUUGCAGCCAUUGUGGAUGAGAAAAUAUUCUGCUGUCAUGGAGGCCUGUCGCCAGACCUUCAGUCAAUGGAACAGAUUCGGCGAAUUAUGCGCCCCACUGAUGUACCAGAUCAGGGUCUUCUUUGUGAUCUGUUAUGGUCUGACCCUGACAAAGACGUCUUAGGAUGGGGUGAAAAUGACAGAGGAGUGUCCUUCACAUUUGGUGCUGAAGUGGUUGCAAAGUUUCUCCAUAAACAUGAUUUGGAUCUUAUAUGUAGAGCUCAUCAGGUGGUUGAAGAUGGGUAUGAGUUCUUUGCAAAAAGGCAAUUGGUAACUCUGUUUUCUGCCCCAAAUUACUGUGGAGAAUUUGACAAUGCUGGUGCCAUGAUGAGUGUGGAUGAAACUCUAAUGUGCUCUUUUCAGAUUUUGAAACCUGCAGAGAAAAAGAAGCCUAAUGCUAGCAGACCUGUAACGCCACCAAGGGGUAUGAUCACAAAACAAGCAAAGAAAUAGUAAAUUUGGUACUGCCUAGUUGGGACUUGUAUUAUAGUAUAUAACCUCCAUUUUUAAAACUGUAACGUGUACUGUUCAGCUUGCUCAAAAUAGAUAACGUGUUUGUGGUUUUUCAUUUUGAUUUAAUGAAUGACAUUUGCUGGUUGUAACAGCAAAUGAAAGACUUUUCUCCCCUCCCAAGAAGAGUUUUUAAAACUUCCCUUAUGUCGGUGUUACAGCUGUACACUCCACAGCAUCUUAUCCUGUCAUUAUGGGUAAUUGUACAACUGACUUUUUUGAAUCUGUACAAUGAGUAGUGUAAAUGCUUGUUUUCUUCUUUAGGAACUAAAGAGGGCACUAGUGUGCUGUGAGAUUAGAAAUUUGUUACUGUCUGAAGUUACAUACUGUUUAUACCACUGUGAACUUUUUUUACUUUAAAAAUUUGUUUUAAAGGGAUUGCUUUUCUUUUAAUGUCUUGUCAUGUACACAUUAGUUUUAUUGCUGUCAACAUAAGAAAUAAUCCUCAACCUGACCAGCAUCACUGGUAUGAUGUAUAUUUAAUUAAAGCACACUUCCCCUCCCAUAUGCUUUAAAUGAAAAUUAAAGCCAUUAUUUUAAA